GCUCAGUUACGCCGCGCCCCUUGCGAAGAGCGCUGCGCCUCGCGAGCGAGAUUGUAGUAUCUUUGAUUUUCGAACGGGGCCCUUUUUCCAACUUCCAAAUCAUCAUCCUCAUCUACGAAUUCAACGUCAUACGUCUGGUCAUAUCCCCCCAUCGUCAUAUUUCUUUACUCAAUUAUUUUCUUUAAACGAUCAUCACGAAUUUUGGCGAUAGUAUUUUUUCUUGUUCAUUGUUUCCUUGCUUGGUUUGUUUUGUUUUGUUUUUUUUUUCCGUUUCAUAUCAUCGAAUAAAAGAAACAAAACAUUCUAAAACUCGGAUUGGACUGGAUUGGUUUCGUUGGAAUCGAAUCGGACUGGUACACACAGCACGUGCACGUGCUUUGGGAAAACAUUUUAAUCGGAUCCGUAUCCAUGGUCUAAUAUCAGUAGUGAAUUAUUUCUCUCUAAAGCACGUGGAAAAAACUGAUAGAUGUAAUAACAAAAGUUUGUGUAUAGUGUAUUCGGACUCUGAGUAAGUAAGUUUCGUGCUCGGUAUCGAUUACAUUCGUAAGGAUUGUUAUAUUGUUCGGAUUAUUGAUACUCGAGUUAGAGUUCGUAAGGAUAAACAGAAGUGUUCGAGGAUUCUAAUUAAUAUAAUAAUAUUUAUCAAGUGGAAAGAGGGAUAUGAUUUUGUCGGUGGAUUAGUUGACAACGUGUCUAUUAAAAAGAACUUAAAAUAGAAACAAAUACGAAGAGAAGAAAAACAAAAGAAAAAAAAGAUUAAAUACUUGUUAUCUCGAAAUUGAUUUUAGCAAUAAGGUGGGACACAAGUAAGAGAAGUAAAAAAGGAGAAGCGUAAGAAGAAGGAAGAAGAAAGAAAGAAGGAAGGAAGGAACGAUGUGAAAGAUCGCAAGCACGAGUGAGAAAGAAGAAAGAGUGUAACGGAGGAUAAGGAAAGGGGGGGUGGGUUGGAGAACGAGAAGAGGGCGGUAACGCGCGCGCAAAAGAGACGCACCUUUAUGAAAGUUCGACGAUAGACCAACAACAAUUCGUUUUGCGAAAAUCCGUACCGACGACAAAAGUGAACUCCCCGCCCCCUUCCUCCUAUUCCUCUUUUUCCUACUACUCCUCCUACUCGGUAAAAAACAUUUUCUAUAGCACAAAAGCUGCUGCUCUAUCAUCGAGAAAUUUUCCAAAUAUAUUCGUGAAGAAAUCUGUCUUUUGCCGUGUGAUGGACGAAGUGGAAUCCGACAGCGAAUCGACAACGUUGGUACCUUAAAAGAGAAAGAGAGAGAAAGAGAGAGACCAUCCAUUAAAGAUAUACAUCGAAGUGAUAAUAAAAGUCGUUUAGAAAAGGAAAAUUAUUCAAGAUGACACGACGAAAAGGAAAACGAGUUACGAACAUUCCUUAAGAUAAGCUGCUAUAUCGGAAGAGAUGACGGAAACGUCAAAGCCGCGGUACGUGAACCGCAGGAGCGGGGAGAGAUAAGGAAGGUGAACGGCAUCACGCCGAGCAGUCAUGUGCAGUGUCAUGUGGCUCCUUCGGCUGCUGACAACUUGCUGCCUCGCACUUCUAUCAGCGUCUGAUUUACGCACAGAUUUACCUUUGUCAACGGAUCAAAUAUCAACGAGAGCAACGACAACGGCAAAGCGAUCGAUGCCAACAGAUGCACCGAUGCUAAAUUACAUAUUCGAUGCACAUAGCACCUUGAAUAAGCAUCAACAUCACCACGAUCAUCGUUGGGGUCCUCACUUCGAGGGUGAAAGUUCAGCGAAAAAUCUGACCAUUCAAGCUGGCGCCAACGUUAUUCUCGAUUGCAAGAUAUCAUUGUUACAGGAUAAAACGGUAUCCUGGGUAAGGAGACAGGAUAACGGUGAAAAAAUGAAUUUAUUGACAGUCGGUCGUCAGACGUAUACAGGUGAUUCAAGGUACACCAUCGAAUUUCAAUAUCCGGACAAUUGGCGUUUACAAAUAAAAAGCGUGAACAGUAGCGAUGAGGGUCAAUAUGAAUGUCAGAUCAGCACCUUUCCGCCAAAGUUUAUUCUCGUAAACUUGCACAUCAACGCGCCAUCCGUCCAAAUAGUGGACGCCGCGGGUCAACCGCUAAGGGAUAAAUACUAUGAAGCAGAUAGCACCAUCGAACUGUUAUGUGUUGUGCGUCACAUAGCGAUGCAGGUCCAGUACAGUGUCGUCCAAUGGCUCCAUGGUAAUCGAACUCUGAACUACGACACGACGAGAGGUGGUAUCAGCGUGAAAACGGACCUAAUGGAGGAAGGGGCCAACUCUACUCUCAGCAUAGCGAGGGUCGGACCAGCGGAUAGUGGUAACUACACGUGCAUGCUCACCACCAUGCCUGAUCUGCCUGCAACGGUUCAUGUACAUGUCCUGAACGGAGAAAGCCUAGCCGAGUUGCAUCAUGGUGGUUCUCGCGACAUUCAAGCGGAUGUCUGGAGUUCCCUACUCCUCUUCCUAUUCGCCAUUCUAGGAAGGCUUCAGGUGCUGAGAUGAAGACUCGACAAUGCACCCUGCUACCCUCUCACAAAGGCGUUCUUCUCGGUUCUAACUGACAAUGAGAUAAAGAUGAGCGUGCGAUGACCGAUGACACUUUGAAAACUAUUACCGUGUGACCGAACAAAAAUUAAAAUAAGAAUAAAAAGAAAUCGAACACAAAAAAAAACAAGAAAUACAAAAAAGCAAAAACGUUAUCGUCGCUAUUAACGUGGUACGAACUUUUUUAUCGUUUCGAAAAGGGGUAUAUUUAUGAAUGAAAGAGAGAGAGAGAGAGAGAGAGAGAGAGAGAGAGAGAGAGAGAAUGUUGUGAAAAUUGGAAAAGUAAAGUACGAUCGACGGCGUUGCUUAUUGUUUUAUCUUUCCUUGCAGAUUUUCAAGUAUGAAAAUUGAAUAAAAAUAGAGCAGGUAGAUAAAGAGAAAGAGAGAGAGAGAGAGAAAGAGAGAAAUUUGUUAAAUAAAAGUGAUUUUAUAUGGGGACCUGAAUUAUAUCGGCAAUUGUUUGAUUAAAAUUAACUAAAUUAUAAUCUUAUCGAAUAUAAUAGUCGUCGUAUUCUUGUUAUUCAUUAUGAGAAUAAUGAAAUCAACGCCGUCGCUAAUUAUGACAAGAUGAAUGAUAUUUUUAUUGUCGUAAAUUGAAAUACCGAUAGUAAACUAUUUACCGUUGUCGUAAAUUAAUAUUAUCGUGCUUCGUUGUUAAAACAAUGUGAUGGGUGGUUUACAUUUAUAUCAGUACUCCGGUGAGAAAAUUUUCUCGAGUGGUUGGAAUUGUUUCGGGAGAUUUUCAUUCGAGGAAAACUGGUGGAGGGCGGGUGAAUGGGUGGCUUUGUAUGGGGUAGGGGAACAACGUUGAGUAUUUAAACGGAUGGAAGAUUGGAAAACAACAACAACGACACGAUCGCAAGAAAUGAGAAUGAGAAUGAGAUUCGCAUUAUCUCUCGUCCAACAAUCGCUCAUUUACAAUUAGAUUCGUUAAAAAAAAAAUGGAAUAAAAGCGGAAAUCGAAAGUCGAGGAUUCGUAAUAACUCGAUAUUAUUUAAAAACUAGUCGUUAUCACUUGAAUAAGAACCAAUAAUCGAUCAAUUACUUGCUGUCUUACGAAGUAAGAUAGAUUAAUUAAGAGGUAAGAUUUGGGUUGACGGUGGCAGAAAAAAUAUCUCAAAAAAAAAAAAAGAAAAAAAGAAAAAAAGAAAGGAAAAACAGGAACGUCGCUGUUUUUCACACAAAUGAACAUUAUUAUUAUUAUUAAUUAAUUAAUUAAUUAUAAUUAUCGUUCUAAUAAUGAAAUACGAUUUAACAUGUGGCCCGAGAGGUGAAUGAGAUAGAAACGUUUUUUUUUUUCUGCGCGUUUAAAUAACAAUAAUAAUAAUAAUAAUAAUAAUAAUAAUUUAUUAUCGAAGAAAUAUGAAACGGCCAGGAGAAGAAAGAUCUGAUAAUCCAAUCGCAAAUAGAAAAAAAUGUUCUAUUAGAACGAUUACGCGUGCUACAUAUAUCAUUGACCAAGAAAUAUCCUUAUUCGUCCGAUCGAGUAAGCACGAUUCGCUUACGUAGCGUCUAAAAUCGAAAAACGAAGAACACGAUUUAAACUACUCUUUAUCGGUCUGUCGAAUUUUCGAGGAACAACGCCUGAGAAACAGAGCGAGAAUAAGCCUUUUCGUUUUCUCUUCCUUCGCGCGAUAUUUAUAGGCAACUUAUUUGUAUGUAUGCAUGUAUGCAUGUAUGGAUGUAUGUAUAUAUGUAUUUACAUGCAUAUGAUUCUUCGUUUCUCGAAAAUCCUACAGCGAAUUCACGGUGCGAUAUCGAAAAUGUUAAAAAUAGUUUUUCCUCGCAAAGACUUCGAGAAUCGAUGAUGAUACGAAAGAAAGAGAGAGAGAGAGAGAGAGAUAGAGAUAGAGAUAGGUAUACAUGUAUAUUUGCAAAAUGGGAAAAGGAAUGUGAGAUAUUUAAGAAAAAAAAGUCGAGCCGAACGGCAAACUAUUACAUUACGUACGAAGGCAAAAAUUAUGAGAGCUUUCGUCGAGAGUGAAAAAUAUUAAGAAAUAAACCACACGCGUUUUACAAGAAUUAUCCCCUAUUACAAUUAUUUUCCAUUAAAUUCAUUACAUCCGUUAUCAUCUUAUCGUUUCAAUUUCAGCUGAAGAAUAUCAAUGACAAACUAAAGUUUCAAUCUUCUUUAACUACGAACAACUGCAAUGCUUUCUCCAUGGAUUUGACCAGGUAUGACAGUAGAAAUAAAAUAUCUUCUCGCAGUGUAUAAAUUGCAUAUUUUGUAAUAAAAUAUAAGAUGGUGAUAUUAAGAAAAAGUGGGUAAGGUCAAUUUUGAAAUGGUAAACAAUUUUUUUGUUCUCGUUAAUUGUCUCUUAACGAGAACAUUUACUCGUAGAAGAAUAAUGAUGACGGGUAAAAGGUUUAAG